AUGGCAGCCAUGACUGCUGCACUGCCUGGAACACGAGCUGAAGCGAGGAUCGUCUCGCCGCCACAGAAUGAUGGAUCCGAGACGAAAGGAAGUAGCAACACGGCUUUCGCGUGGGCCCAUCGCACGGCGAAAGCGUCGAAAAGAACGGAGGGAACCAAGGCAGCCAAAGGAAGGAAAGAGAGCGAGAGAAAGCAAGAAGCGGUCGAUAGGAGGAGUGCGGUGAAGGACCACCUGGUGGUUCUCGUUAACGGCGUGGCCGGAAGUCCCAUGAAUUGGACGUACACCAAGGCACAACUGGAGGCGUAUGGGGAUCCGCACCUGCUCGUGCACAGCUGCGAGUCGCUGAGGCGAACAGUUGACGGGGUCGAUGUCGUCGGCAACCGCCUUGCAGACGAGGUGCGCCAAGUGAUUCACAGGAACCCUCAGCUGCGGCGGAUCUCCUUCAUCGCUCACUCACUGGGCGGUGUCCUCUCCCGAUACGCCAUCGCUCAAAUGUACCACCCCACCUGCCCACCUGCCUCACAUGAACCGUCCUCGCAUGAGCAAUCCGCACAUGACCCUCCCUCACGUGAACCUCCCUCACAUGAACCGCCCUCACGCGACAGUACGAGCGGCCCUUCUAAAUUCGAUCCUUGCAAUUGCGACCUUUCAGCCGACCACUUGCACAGGCAAACGAGCCAACAUACACAACCAGAGGACGACUAUUUCUCGAGCUUCUCACGUACACCUCCACCAGAGGAGCACUCACCAGAUACCACCUUCCCCACAUGCGCCUCCACCUCCUCACUACCAUCCGACGCACCAUCCCUGCCGCGCCAUCUCAUGCCGAAAUCACCAAGUGUGUCAGUUCUGGAUGUUCUGCGGAGGCAGGAGGAGCAGUUGCAGGUGGGGGAUUCGGGGUUCCCUCCCAUGCUGUGUCUAGAUGCGGAGGAUGACGCUGGUGGCAGCACACAGGAAGAGGAGUGGGAGCUUGCAGCAGGAGAGAGCGAAGGCGAACGAGCAACAGAGCCAACAAGCACAAGUGUCGAUGGAGGCUGCAACGUGCAGGGGGAAGAGGAGGAGGAUGUAGAGGAGGAGGAAGAAGGAAAUGAUGCGGAGGAUGAGGAGGAGGUGGAUGAGGACGGGAAAACCGGAGAGCAAUACCGAGGGCCGCGUAUAGCAGGGCUGGAGCCAAUGAACUUUGUCACACUCGCUUCGCCGCACCUAGGCUCUCGUGGAAAGGGUCAUCUGCCCUUUCUGCUAAGAGUGAGUCUCUUCGAGAGGGCGUCUGUCCCGCUCGCACCUCUCUUCCUCGGCCGCUCUGCGCGCCACCUCUUCCUCACAGACGUCGACCCUCCAGUCGAAACACCCGACUCCGCCCUUGACGUUGACACAAUCGACAUUGACACCGCUGAUGCCAACCCUCACAUUGGCUCCACUGGCGCAGAACCUCAGAUUGAAACCGCGGGUGCAGCCAACACUCGGAUUGACACCACCACCACCGGUGGUGCCGAUCAUCAACCAGGCACGGCUGAUGUUGAUGCUAUGGGUGAUGCUGUGGCUGGCACAACUCAAGCAGACGGUGCGUAUGGUAACCAUUCUACGGGUUGUGUCGACCUUUUGAAUGCCGCGUCUGGUGCCGAACCCCCUCUCGGUACCGACACGACUCUCUCCUCCUCCGUUGACACUGGUCGUCCCCUUGCUGACCUUUCUGCCAAUCCAGCUGCCGAAACUCUUGCUGUGGGUGCUGAGGCCAAUUUGGGCCAGGCAGGAACCAGAAGCAGUGGGAAAGGAGGGGCUGUAAAGCAGCAGCAGGCAACCCCGAAGGAGCAACAACAGCAACAACAGCAGCAGCAGCAGCAGGACCAGAAGCAGCAGCAGCACGGGAUGUUUCGGUUGCAUCGGCUGGGAAGCAGCAUGAUUGACGUGACAAGGGUGGCAGCAGCAGAAGGCCGGUCAGAGGAGACAACAGAAAAAGGGGUCGGGAGUCACAAGGUGAAGCACCAGCUGCCGCUGCUGCUUCGCAUGACUACAGACAACGAGGAAGGCCCCUUCUUGUCUGCGCUCGCUUCAUUCAAGUACAGAGCUGCAUAUGCCAAUGUCUCAGGAGAUCUUCCCCCUGCUCCCCCCCUCUCCGCCCGUCCACCCACUCAUCAGCCAGACGAGCUACACGAGCUGCCAGACUAUCGCUUCAUCGUGAGAGUGCAGCAUCUGCGUCUUGGCUUUAAUGCUGCUGCGGCUGCCGCUGCUGCUUCCUCUGUUGUUGAUUUUGCACGAACGGACACCACAGGCGCUUUAGCAGCUGAAGCUUCUGAUUUCGUGGCAGGGAAUGCCACGGGUGGUCUUUCAGGUGGUCCCUCAGGUGGUGCUUCAGGUGGUCCGUCAGGUGGAUCUGCAGCCUGCCCUCCAGAAACAAAAGAACACGCUAAUUUCUUUGCGCGCCUGAAGGUAAGGUGGAAAAUGGGGGGACGGACAGCAUCAACUGGCGGCUUUGGCCUGAACUUUGGAUUCGGUUCUCCUCAGCAGCAGUUCCUGCCAUGCCAGCAGCAGCCACUGAAGCUGAAAGACAAGGGUCAUACCGAGCAGGGUGAGGGAGGAGGGCAGGCGUUUGAGAACCUUAAAGAAACACCUGACGAUCCACCUGACUGUUCACCUGAGGAGGGACAGGAGGAAAGGUUGCAGCUGGUGCGUAGCAUGAGUGAGGGUAUGGUUCCUAGGGGCGCGAGUGGCAGGGGCAGCGGUGGUGGUGGGAGUGGCGCCAGCAGUGAGGAGGGGAGUGGCAAAGGCGACAACAGAAGAGCGCAGGGGGCGACCAAGAAUGACGAGGGGCAUGGUGGUCAUGAGGGCUGGCGUGGGGACGAGAGUAAGGCGAGGAGAGCAUCUAUUGGUGGUCCUACUGCUGCUGCUGGCGCUGGUGGUGGUGGUGCCUUGCUGCCACGUGCUGCAGCGAUAGCCCCGAAGAAGCACAGCAUUCACAUGCAGUGGGAAGGUGGGAUUUUCUCUAUGCCUCCGUUGUCAUGA